GUGGAAGGCACAUUAGCCGCCCACCCUGCCGUGAAACUUGCAGUGGUCACCGUUUUCGAGGACAAGCUGGUGGCUUACGUCCAUCCUGCAGUGCCUGCCAACCUUCGCGACUUUUGCAAGGAACACUUAGUCUCCUACAUGGUCCCACACAUCUUCCAGGGCCUGGAGGAGGUACCGCGGCUGCCCACAGGCAAAGUGAACAAGAAGGCACUUCCCAAGCCAGAGGUGCGCGAUGACGGAGCGGAGGUUGUAAUGGAGCUGGACAGCUUGGGCCAGAUGCGCAAGUUUACGCGAAAGGCGGCGUCCGAAGACAAGGUGGAGAGCAGGAUUGGGGUCCAUGAGUCUUACACGGAUGUAAAGAAGGUUUGA